AGUAGAGAGAGGAGGAAUGACAGUGUGACUAGCGGUGUGAGUGGUGCAGUAGGCAGGCCAGACACGGGGAGAGGAGGAAUCACAGCUAAAGACGGAGCAGUGUGAGUGGUGCAGUAGGCAGGCCAGACAGGCAGAGGAGGGUGGAGGGCUGUAGUCUGGGUCACACUAGGCUGUCGGCGGCUGGAGGGCCGAGUGCAAUGGCGGCUCACACUUAGUCGUCUGCUGCGCCGUGUACUCUCCUCACUCACUCACAGUCUACUCGCCAGGCCUGCAUGGAGGGCGACACAACAGCAGCAGACCCCAGCUCGUGAAGCAGUUAGUCGUGCGGCGUUGGACCGUCUGCUCGCGGCCAUGGAGUGAGAAGUGAAAGCACGACAACCGAGGGCUCGACACUCAAGCCUGACGGUCAACGUGCAGACGACCACCUCAUGGAAUGGAUAAACCAUGGUCACUACACCGCUUGACCUCGCUCUCCCUCUGCUAAUCUGUCGGGGGGAAAGGACCCCUCCCCUGUACUGCCCCCGUCAAGCCAUGUUGCGGUGAAUUACGAUGGCUGUGCAAGUGCAGAGAAAAUAUGUGCAAGUGGCGAAAGCUGGAGGCCAGCCAUAUUGCCUUGAUAAACACAACAAUCUGAAUUAAGCCGUCUGUCUCGCUUCUCGGGUCCCUGUGCCACACACACGGCCAAUGGUAGGACUGCAGGGUCGACAAGAGAAGCUCUGCAUGCAUGAGAAAUGUGUGGACGGCGAGAAAUGGUGGUGUAGGUCCCCCCAGUGACACUCACUUGACAUUCUGCGCGCUGGGUGUGUGGAGGGCGAGCGUGAGUCUCAGUGUUUGUGGCCUUUGUGGUCGCCAGGUGCUGCAAGGUUGUUGUUGUGUUGGAUAACAGUAUGACACCACCAUGAACUGGAGCAAACUCUCCAUUCCUCUCCUGCUGUUGUGGACAGUACUUCCACAAGGUGCAGCAGAAGGUGACAAGACGAUCUGUGCUCAUCGUAAUGUCUUUCCACUUGCGGAUGCGGGGUCGUCGUACAGCUCGGAGAAGCCGCUGUUGUGGGGCGCUGAGGUGCUGGACGACAACCUGACUAUCCGUUGCCAUAGCAAUAGCUACUGCUUUACCCUGUGGACGUCACGCGCAGACAACCGCUCCCAGAUCACCGUGGUCAAGCAAGGAUGCUGGAUUGGUGAGGCAAAUGUCUGCAUGAAGGGUUCAUGUGUGUCUGAUAUGGCGCCCAAGAACCACUCUCAUUUUUGCUGCUGCUCUGGUGACAUGUGCAACCAGAACUUCACUGAUGGCUAUGACCCAGCAGCACACACCACAACAACUUUCACAUCAGCUGAAUCACAAGGUCAUCCACUGCAGGACCAGAACUACAAGGUGAAGACAAUUAUUAUCUCCCUUGUGUCGGUGUUCUCUGUGGCACUUUUCAUCACUGCAGCAUAUUUUGGUUAUCGUAUGUGCAUCAGACCAAAGCAGGCAUCUAUUGAAUCGCUUCAUAAUGCUGAGGCCACACCUCCACCAGCAGAGUUUGACAUGGACGACCUUAAGCUUUGUCACAUGAUCAGCAGAGGGCGCUAUGCAGAGGUCUGGAAGGGCAAGUUAGAAGAGGAAGAUGUGGCUAUCAAGAUCUACUCUUCCCACUACCGUGAAUAUUAUAACAAUGAACGAACACUCUAUCGUCUUCCUUUCAUGGAUCAUGAUGGACUGGUUAAGUUUUAUGGAGCAGACGAGCGGAUAUCACAGGAUGGCACAGCACAGCUUAUGAUUGUUAUGGCAUACAUUCCAUUGGGAUCACUCUGCAGUUACCUGAAGAACAAUGUGCUUGACUGGCCAACCAUGGCAAAGAUGCUGCAGUCUGUAUCAAAGGGCUUGUCCCACUUGCACACUGACAUCCAGAAGGGAGACAAAUUUAAACCUGUGCUGGCUCAUCGGGACAUCAAUACUCACAACAUCCUGGUUCGCUCAGACCUGAGUUGUGUCAUCACUGACCUGGGGUUUGCAGUGGCCACAAUGGGCUCCAAGUUGAUCAAGAGGGGGCAUCCAGAAAUUGCUGAACAGACUUCGCUAACAGAUGUGGGAACACUCCGGUAUAUGGCCCCUGAGCUGCUGGAUGGAGCAGUCAAUCUGCGGGACUGUGAGGUCCUCAAACAGAUUGACAUUUAUGCUCUGGGGCUUGUGCUGUGGGAGAUUGCCACACGCUGUGUGGACCUAUACCAGGGUGCACCUGUGCCAGACUAUGCAGCACCAUACCAAGCAGAAGUGGGUUCAAGUCCCACGUUUGAAGAGAUGCAGAUGAUUGUUGUGAGGGCAAAACGACGACCUAAAUUUCCUGAGGUGUGGAAAGACACAAAUCAGGCAGUGCGUUCAUUGCGUGAGACAAUUGAGGAAUGCUGGGAUGCUGAUGCUGAGGCAAGGCUUACGGCUCUGUGUGUUGAGGAGCGAUUGGCUGAUCUCUCAAACUUAUGGGCACAGGAGUGUAAACAUAGAGGAAUGACACCGACACUGAAUGCAAUGAUAAAUGUGGACCAGACAGCAUUGGUCAACACAGACAGGCCUGUUGCAAUGGAUUUCAAUGAGAGUUUGCCCUCUGAUGUGAACCCUCCAUCUCACCUGGAUGCCUUUUCCACAAACUUUGAUCCCCACCCUGAGACUGUUGGUGAUCCAUCUCCUACUCCUCUUCUUGGGUUAGGGUUGGUUGGUGGUUACAUGCCUAAUGGAGAGGCUUCUUUAUCUCCAUCUGUGUGUACCAGGCAGAUACAGAGAAGUUGGCUGCAAGACAACAGCAUCUCCACCUCAACCACAGAUACAGUUGUGGCUAUAACUCCUCUUGAAAGCCGUGCUCCCUCGGUGAAAUCCAGCAAUCUCACGCAGGAGCGAAACAAUGUAACGCUGCGGCCACAUCAAGGCCGUAACCCCACAGUUGAGAGAAAUACACACAAGUGUAGUGAUGAAGAACUGCGGGUCUCUGGCAACACUCUCAUUUCUUCUGCUCGUCGGGAUUCACUGAGCACCCAGAGUGCUCCUGCUGACCAGCCAGUGACUGAAAGCCCUCCGGAGUAUGUUAGUGACAGCAUGGACACCUCCUUGGUACAGAACGAUGCUCUGAGCCAUAGAAACCCUCCAAUUCCUUACCUGCAGAACCAGGUGCAUGGUGAACCUCCAGCAGGGCGCCCUAAGGUGGCCAACACUUCCAGCUUGCAUGGGUUGGGGAAAGGUGAGCGAUCACUCCGGGAAAAACUCACCAGACUCAUUCGCCCUAAAGAGCUAGGACUACGGCUGAGUAGCCUGAACUUUUUUGGCAGCAACAAACGUCAUGUGUAUUUUCGUGCAGAUGAUAUGGAAGUGGACGACUUGCAGCAAUGGGCAUACAACUAGUAAUGGUGAUGAGACACAGCAACCAUCGACAGCAGCAUCAGGCUUGUCACAUGCCAGCACCCACCCCAUACACACAGAAGUGUGCAUGCACAACGGGACAGCAGUGAUAAGACCUACCAACCUUCCGCUAGAAACACGACCUUUGGCAAACUCGCCUGCCUUGACUGGCAGGUCAGAUAAACGAGCUAGGACUCAGGCUUCACAUCCUCCAAACCUCACAGCAGAUGGUACCAGUAGGAGAGAGACAAUUUCGUCACAAAAUUCAAAUCGAUCAGCAGUUCACCAUCCUGAGAACCAGCUGCGUUUAGCUGAAGUAGGUGUUGCUAAACUGUACAUCCCUGAGGUGGGGCAGCACCAUGUUCAGCAUCUGCAAGGUCACUCUAAAAGCACCUCUGAACUUUUCCACUUGCGCCGACAUAACAGCUCAGAAUCCUGCUGGCAGGAGACAGAGCUGUGUUCAGUGACAGGUGAACAGCUCAAGCAGCGUAGGCCCAACUCUUUGUCAUUAAAGGGCCAUAACUACAACACAGCUUUCAGACGGUCUCCUCCAAAGAAGUCCUCCUCAAAACCAGAUGUAGUCUCCAUUGCUUUUGAAGAACCAGGAGGAUAUGCUAGGAACGAUAACAUGAAGUUGUCAGCUCAGGAAUCAUCACCUUGGAGACGUCCACCAGCAAGCAUCAGCUGAAGCUGCAGUAUGAUGACAUGUCAGACCCUAGUGAAAAGAUUCGCCGUCGAGUCAAAACCCCUGUCAUGCCAUCAAGGAAGCAGGCUCGUCUCUCCUUGUAUGAUGACAGACUGAUGUCAAGUGGACUGGACUCUAUGAUAGACGCAGAGACAAAGGAAUCAUCUGUGAAGAAGAGCUCAACAGUUUGCAGGCUUACCAACAAUAAUAACAACAAUUUUACUGUGAAGACCUGUAUCCAGGGGGGCGAACCAUUGCUGCUUCAGAUAGGGCAGAUGAGGAAAGAUGGCUGUCACAAUAUUGGAGAAGCUCCAGUUCUUGUGUAAUAACAUAGUCACUGUUAUACUCCAGUUUGUGUAACAAUCCUUUGAUGCCCUGCAACGAAUUUGCAAGCAUCCAGAGAGAUUCGGUAGACAGUGUGCGUUCCCAGCUUUCCAAUAUCCUAUAAUUCCUGUUCUUUGUUUGGCACCCUAGUCUACAAAUUCAUCAUGGAAAAGCAAAAAUGCAGACUGUAAAGCACUAGUUCUCUGUGAUGUACUAUAAUUCAUCACAGAACUGCAUAAAAUGCAGACUGUGAAAUACUAGUUUUCUGUAAUGUACUAUAAUUCUUCAUGGAACUGCAGAAAUACCAACUGUGGAACUUGCACACUUUACCAUAAUUCAUCUCAAGUCAUUUGUGCUGCAAGAAGAACAGCUGUAAACAAACUGAUCAUGGCUUAUGAGAGGACUGCACAAAAGAGACUGUUAAUAGAUAUGCAUCAUCCUUUAUUUGUAUAAGUGUACUUGUAGAGAGAGCAGGUAGCUACAGGAAGAGGUGGAGUGUUGGGCCUGUUGUACACAUAUCUUCAGCAGCCUUCUGAUGCCUUACACACCAACACCUGCUUUGUCAUAAUUGUGUUGCUACAGGUUCCAUGAGGAUGGUUAAAAUGGCAUUAACUUUGCUAUAAUGUGAAGAGUAAGUGGUGGUUGCAUAGUUUGCUUUCAUUCACAAACAAAAGCACCUUCAUUUCUUAAUGCUAACCAUGAGAUGUGUGCCGCCUGGUUAUAUUAUCAAUCAUUAAUGAUGUCAACGCAUAAUGACAACAGGGGUGUUCAGGAUAUUUCACUUUCAGUGUUAUAGCUGGAGCAGGCAAAAACUGUUGGUGUGAAUGUGAAAUAUAAUUUAGUGGGGCCACAUCAAAAUACUUGAUAGGUACUGUUGUAUACAGCCAUGUAAAAUAUAAAAUAAGUGUGAAGCGCCAGUUCAAGCUGUCAAGAAAUUGGGUUACCAUCCACUAGAAGACACUGUUAGCUUCCUCUGACCUUGAAACUUACCAUCCAAAACCUGGCACCAUAGCUGCAUCAAGAGUGUCAGAUGAUGUUGGAAAUUAAUGUAAUAAAACUUAAAAUACGAUCCUGAUAGUGGUCAGCACAUAAAGCUUUAAGGCACAAACAUGUACAACCUUUCAGCAAUUGGCCAUGCAGUUCAGCUGGAGUGGACUUCUUUAUCAAAGGCUGAAAAAUAGUGUUUGAGAAUGAACUUUUCAGUCCUGUGAAAGCAGAUUUUACUGUUAAAAAGAAAGUUCACAAAUUAAUUCCUGUUUUCUGCAGCUUUCAGUAUAGGUGUUGGAUUGGAUGUCUGACUUAAACAGUUAUGAUUGCAUGAAUGCCUCUCAUGGGUGCUUCUUGUAUGCCAUAUUCUGUCACAUGUUUACCUUGCAUUAAUGUACAACAUUGCAUGGAUGCUUGACGUAACUGUGUGACUGUGUGUGCCUCAUAAUAGUGCUGCUUUAUGUGAAUACAGAGAAAAUCUUUGACAACUGCUCUUUCUUUUAUGCAAAGAAACUGUUUAUUUUAAUGAUACCUUGAGUCAAAGUGUCAAAAGUUUUAUUAUUUUAGUGACAAAUUGUCUUUUUUUCUGUCACAUAUACAUUUUUCUUUGUAUGAAAACUGGCAGUUGCACUUUUAGGGACUGCAUGCUGGAGAACUCAGUGAAGUGUGACUUUGUGUGGAAGCAAUUAUAUUAUGAGUGCAGGCUUAUGCACAGUGAUGCUUCGUACUCUGCAUGUCCAUUAUGCAUAACUAAAGCCUUGCAUAGUGAGCACUCAGUGAAGUGUUAUUUGUUUGUGCACAGUGAGCACUCAUGAUGUGUUAUCUCUUUGUGCAUGAUAAGUACACAGUGAGCACAUGGUCAGUGUAGAGUGUAUGUGCUUUACACAUUUUUGCAACUAUUAUUAUUAAAAGUGAUUAGUUAUUACUUGUAAGUGCCAAUUGCAGGCAACAAAUAAUUUGCAGCACAAAUCUUCCCAGGCUUUAAUGUUCUUGCCCCCCAUAAGUUUUUUUUUUCUUUAAAAAUUGUUGAAACUGCUGACUACCAGUGAAAUCUGUAUAAUUUUUGCAUUGCAUAUGCUUCGCAAGGCAUAAAAUGUUAUCUAAAUAAAUCUGGACAUGUAUACAGCACGAAGAAAUCCAGGUUAAGCUGGGGCCUGUGUAUGGUAGUUGCCAGUCAAGGUAAUUUGAGAUAAGUGUAAAGUGUUAGCUGUGGAGACAUGAUUAAGUAUGUUACAGGGUUUAGCUGUUGAGACAGGCUGAUGUAUGCAAGCAGGGUUUAUUCUGUUCGCAGAGUUAAAUUUACCAGUUUAACAAUACAUGCACAGUGGGUGGAAACAUAGGAUACAUUGUAUACAUAGGACACAUUGAGGCAGAUGUGAUAGACAAUUCACUUCUCUGCUUAAUAUUCAUAAAAAAUAAUAUUCAUAAUUCAUAAAGAAUAUAUCCAUCUCAGUCUCCAAUUUGGGUGACCACAACGUGCAUCCUUUUCCAGUCAUGCAACAUGGCUGCUAUGGUGUGUAAAUAUAUUCUGGAAAAACAGGGUUAUUCCAAAAUGCCUCAAAAAGGGCAUAUUAGUUUGGUUUUUUAAAAAAAAUAAUCAUCAAGAUAAAGAUCACAUGCUGUGAAGAUGAUAAAACUUUAUCUGUCUCUGUGAUGCAUAGGUGGGAAUUGUACAUAUUUGCUUGUAGGCUGCUUGCCUGCAGAGGAACAGUGGGACAGUCAUAUUAUAUCUCAAAAGGAAAAAACAAGGUUUUGUUUCAGUUCACUUUAAAAAAAAAAAUCACUUCUUCGUAAUUCUCUAUGCUCAGUAACUAAAUUUGUAACUAAAUUUGUCUGACAUGUCACAUCUGUGCAAACUUUGUCUUAUUUUACACAUUGUACAUAAAUAGCCUUUAAAACAAGCAUAAGAGAUUGAAUCUAGUGAAUAUUGGGAAGAGGAUAAAAAAAAUGAUGACAUUCAUUUGAACAGUCUUUAAAACUUCCCACUUUUAUGGUGCAUUUUGAAAUUGAAAAAAAUGGCAUCUAACAAACUACUUUGGGUUGUUCAUGAGUAACUUUGAGAUGUGUAGCAAUGAGAGAAAUAUAAUGUGGGUUACAUGUUGAUAGCAACCUAUGUUUCUAAAUGUUUUUAUCAUGUCAUUUAAACAUUAUGGAUUUGGUGACACCCCAGCUUGUUCACAUUAUGCUGCUAUGUGAGAGCUGUGCAGUCAGCGAUGAUCCUGCUUAUUCUCCAUGUUGAAGUUCUGUAACACACAGGUGGAGGUCGAAGGUUAUAGAAGGGUGCAAGAAAUCUUGACUACAAAUGUCCAAAGGAAAUGACUAAGAAAAUAAAGAAUAUAUGUAAAAAAUGGAGUAGUCAUGCAGGCUGUUUCCCUUGAAAACUAUCUUCACUGUCUGAACCAGAAAUCUAAUAAAUAAAAGCAGUUUUAUGUAACUUUCCCCUGUAUACUUCAAUAAAUUGAAUUUUUGAAUUAUUUUGUCUUUCCAGCCUAACAUUUACAAGCUUUCUGUAAUACAGAGUAUUAGAAUGUGAACUUGCUGUGAGAGAGCCUGAGAGAACCUGUAUUUUGAACUAGGUGAAAAUGGAUGAUUGAAAGGUGAUGAUUUUUAUAAAUAAGAUGCUACUUCUUUGGUCACAUUUUAUGCAGUAAUUUCAUCAUUACCUGUUUCUUGGGACAGAUUUUAUGCAGUUAGUUUAUUAUUGACUGUUUCUUAUAUGCAGUAGAUACAUAUGGACAUUUUCCAUUGUUUUGGAUAUAUGAAAGCAAAGAUGAUCUUGUGCACUUGGGCAAGGUUUUGUCAGUUACUGACUUUGUGGCACAUCACAAAUUGUUCAUAUUUGGAAGUGGGAGGGAAUUCUACAUUUUUGUUAAUAUCUGGUAUCUUAAUAAAAGCCUAAGGUAAUGCUAAUUAUCAUGUAAUCACAAAGCUACAGUUACAGUGUACAGCAGAAAGUGUAGCAUGCAAACAUCAAUAAUUGUCUUGCAAAGUUAUCACUGGUGCAUAUUUAGUGCACAUACCAUACACCAGACUAGGCAAGCAUACAAACCCUUCCACCCACACACACCACCACAGCAUCUUUGGUACACUGGCUCACAUUUAUUUUGGCAGGGAUGUUUAGCCUGUUCAAGGACCAUGUACAAUAUAUAGUUAUGGUCUGUGGCUUGUCUGACGCACAGUGGCACACUGUAAAGCUUUGCUUUUUGUUUUGAGGGUGGAGAGCUGUCUGAAGCGUGUGGCAUAUACAUGUCAAGUUAAUGUGUUACUAGCAAUCUAGAGGAUCAGAGUCUCUUUAAAUAAUGUUUUAAUUUUUUUUAUUUUUACUCCACAAAUUAUGUGAUGAACUGACUGGAUGGAAAAGUGAAGUUGUAUAUGAUUAUUGCCUUAUCCUAAACAACCCAUCUUUAGCAAGAAAUUACAAAGCAAAAAACAAAUGCAUGUGUAAACUUGGUCAAGUGUAGUGGAAUUGACCUAGUGACCCAGUGGAACGAAAACUUGAGGGGGUGGGGACUGGACGAGUGGAGGGUGGGGUGAGUAAUUGAGAGGGAGGGUGAGAGAGGAAAGGACUGAGUGAGAGAGGGAGGUUGGGGCAGGGAAAGGAGCAAGAGAGAAUUCUAUCAUUGUAUGUAUCAUUUACAUUAUGAGCAAAUAUACCACAAAAAUGUUCUCAGAUAUGGUCAUUCUUUAUUAGGUUUUUGUUAAUUUAUUUUUAAAAACAUUUUGCUGCGAUAUUUUUCUCAUUCAGCUUCAUGCAUGUGUAUAUACAUGCGUGCACACAAAUAUUUGUCACACUGUAGCUAUGAUGACACUGUGACCUUUGACUUCUACAUGACAUUGGCUGUCUUCAAGGCCAUGUGUCAUCAAACCACAACUUUUGUCCUUCUUUGCAUUAGCUGUUGUGUGUUAUGUGCUAGCUGUCAGACACCACAAUCUGUGUGAGACCGUUGUUCUUACACAAACACUGGGCGCUACCAUCUUGUCCCUGGUGAAACAGAUGAAUAUUUAAAACAACCUUCUGGCAUUACUUUUCUGCAAUGGUGAAGUGCUUCACUGUGAAGGAACUAUUUUUUGUGAAAUAAUGAUUUAUGUCCGAGGAUGUGGGAAGGUAUAUUUAACAGAAUAGUAUACUAUUAUGUUAUUGCUAGGGUGGAAGGUUUAAAGCAUGAUUUUUCCACUGCAUGCAGCAGGUUUAUUUAGAUUUUGUAUCAUCACUCUUACAAAAGAGGACUUUCCCCACAAACUCCCAUUCUGUGCAACAACAGCAAAAAAAUGGCCAUCAUUGUUGUAUACAAUUAAAUUGAAAUUAACAGUUUAUUUGUUGGUUGCUUAUGCUGUCACAUUAAGAGUUCUUAACAACAGUGGAAAGCUAUUCUCUGUGAUUAUUGUUACUGCUUGAGAACAAACAGUGCAAGAUUGAACAAAAUGGUGGCCAGUUUAGUGAAAUGGUUUUAGCUUUGGUAGAGAGCAGAAACCUCAUUUAGGGUUUGAGACUAGUUGCUGAAAUAGAACUUGUAUUUCCCCUUUCCCCAGUCCCAGACAUGCAUUGUGCAGUUUAUGUGUUCAGUUCUAUAACCGGUGCAUUUGCUCAGUUUGCAGUAAAUAUGUUAAUUUGGAGUAUCUGAAAUAAUGUGUUUUCUGUUGUUGACACUUACGUAUAAUUAUAUGCAUUUGAUUCUGACAUAUAAGCAUAGAAAUACUAAACUUUCAGGUGAACUGAUCUGUAGUCCUGUUUACUGAGGUCUGGGAAAAAAUCUUUCUUACCAGUUUUGUAGCUGAAGCUGCAUGCACAUCAGUAGCUGAACAUCUAGAUAGCAAGAAAGACUACAAAAAGAUGCAGAAUGAAGCUUGUUAGCCUCUGCUGUUGCUGAGGAUUUUUUGUUUGUGUUUUGGCAGGAGGGGAAGGUGUUGGGGAUGGUUAUGCUAUAACAGAAGUUACAGGAAAACUGUGCUAGCCUAUUAGUCUAGUAAAUUGAAAAAUGUUUAGCAUAAAUUGCUGCAUGGCAGGUUUUUUCACAAAUCUGUGUUUUGGAACAUGAGAUAUGCUCAGCAAAAUGCAUUCUCUUUUUAUGUCUACAGAUUUAGUUUUCAGUUAAAAGUUGAUGAGAGUUUAUGAGUGUAGUUUCAAGCUGCAGAACAAAUACACCAGUGAAGGCUUAUAGAGUGGGUGGCCUAGAGGGUAGGAUUAUGGCACACAAGUUGUAGGCUUGGGUUAUAGAACUUGAAACGCUUUGUCUGCUCAUCAAGUGCACUAGCCUGUCUUUUAUCUGUGGCUUGUCUUACUUUUUGUGCUAUUGUUGGCUUGAGAAGGACAAUUAAAUUGCUUUCUCUUCA